CGUAGGGUGUAAGGGUCUUCGAGUAGUUUCUGAGCCAGCCGGCAGCAGCGGCGCGGCAAGAGCCUUGCGUUUCUGGGCGGCCCAUGGCCGGCUCUGAUAUCUUGGGGUGAAGAGAGGGAGGCUUCGGCCGGGAAAGGGAGAAAAUUGUGGAUCUGGUGCUCGGAGGAAGAAGAGAGAGAGAGUCAGGGUCCUGGGGGCAAAGAAUGGUCGUAGCUGCGCUAUAGAAGGAGCAGAAGGUGGCUCUUAGAAAAACGAGCCCACGUUCUCCAAACUGUUCCGAAGACGUUUAUGUUUCUUUUAGUGAUCUGAUUUCUAGCUCUGUGCUAUACCGUAGCCUGGGAUGGUUCAGUGUUUUUAUUUUCACUGAGCCUGAAAGUGGAGAUGUUAACUACCCACGAAUGUAUUGCUUGAGACUGUUCACCUGCAACUUUAUUACUUAGGUGUAAUAUAGGGAAUUUAUACUCACAGAGAAAAAUAAACUAUUUUUAAAGCAGAACAGAGGGUUCUCGUGGCAACCUUUCACCACCUUUGCCUUAACCUUUGGCUCCCGUUUUUCGCUAAGAUGAGCACCCGCCCUUCCUCCUUUCCUCCUGACCCUGAGCUGCGAGUCCGGCGCACGUUGAAGAAGGUCUUUGGGUUUGAUUCUUUUAAGACACCUUUACAGGAGAGUGCGACCAUGGCUGUAGUGAAAGGUGACAAGGAUGUCUUUGUGUGCAUGCCCACAGGGGCAGGAAAAUCCCUCUGCUAUCAGCUCCCUGCCCUGUUGGCCAAAGGCAUCACCAUUGUAGUUUCUCCUCUCAUUGCUUUGAUUCAGGACCAAGUGGAUCACUUGCUGGCCCUGAAGGUACAAGUGAGUUCCCUAAACUCAAAGCUCUCAGCGCAGGAGAGGAAGGAGCUGCUCUCUGACCUGGAGCAAGAAAAGCCCCGGACCAAACUUCUGUACAUCACCCCAGAGAUGGCAGCAUCAGCCUCCUUCCAGCCUGUCCUGAACUCCCUGGUGUCUCGCCACCUGCUCUCUUACUUGGUGGUGGAUGAAGCUCAUUGUAUUUCCCAGUGGGGACACGACUUCCGUCCUGACUACUUGCGUCUGGGUGCCCUGCGCUCCCGCCUGGCACAUGCCCCAUGUGUGGCUCUGACUGCCACUGCCACCCUGCAGGUCCAAGAAGAUGUGUUUGUUGCCCUGCACCUGAAGCAACCAGUUGCCACCUUCAAGACUCCCUGCUUCCGGCCCAACCUCUUCUAUGAUGUGCAGUUCAAAGAGCUUAUUUCUGAUCUCUUUGGGAACCUGAGGGACUUCUGCUUUAAGGCUCUUGGGCAGAAGGCUGAUAAAGGGUUGUCUGGCUGCGGCAUUAUCUAUUGCAGGACUAGAGAGGCUUGUGAACAGCUGGCAAUAGAGCUCACUUGCAGGGGUGUGAACGCCAAGGCUUACCAUGCAGGGCUGAAGGCUUCUGAAAGAACGCUGGUGCAGAAUGAGUGGAUGGAGGAGAAGGUCCCUGUGAUUGUUGCAACCAUUAGUUUUGGGAUGGGAGUGGAUAAAGCCAAUGUCAGGUUUGUCGCCCACUGGAAUAUUGCCAAGAGUAUGGCUGGGUACUACCAGGAGUCUGGCCGGGCCGGCAGGGAUGGGAAGCCUUCGUGGUGCCGUCUCUAUUACUCUAGGAAUGACCGGGACCAAGUCAGCUUCCUGAUCAGGAAGGAAAUAGCAAAACUUCAGGAAAAGAGAGGGAACAAAGCAUCUGAUAAAGCCGCUCUCUUGGCCUUCGAUGCCCUGGUGACCUUCUGUGAAGAAUUGGGGUGUCGCCAUGCUGCCAUUGCCAAGUACUUCGGGGAUGCGCUGCCCACCUGCAUCAAAGGCUGUGACCACUGCCAGAACCCCGCGGCCGUGCGGAGGCAGCUGGGUGCCUUGGAGCACAGCGGCAGCAACUGGAGCAAGACCUGCAUCAGGCCUUCCCAGGAGAAUGGCUUCGACCCUGAGCUGUACGAGGGAGGCCGCAGGGGCUACAGGGGCUUUAGCAGGUAUGACGAAGGUUCUGGAGGCAGCGGGGACGAGGGCAGAGAUGAGGCCCACAAGCGGGAGUGGAAUCUCUUCUAUCAGAAGCAGAUGAGCCUACGCAAGGGCAAAGACCCCAAGACAAAAGAAUUCAUACCCCCAGAUGAGGACUGUCCCCUGAAAGAGGCUUCUAGCAGGAAGAUCUCUGGGCUCACUGUGAAGGCCCGUGAGCACUGCCUAGGGCUUCUGGAGGAGGCUCUGAGUAGUAACCACCAGGCCACAGGUUCCACUGAUGGAGCUGACCUCCAGGCCAAGGCCGUGGAGCUGGAACAUGAGACGUUCCGAAAUGCCAAGGUGGCCAACCUGUACAAGGCCAGCGUGCUGAAGAAGGUGGCUGCAAUUCACAAAGCCUCCAAGGAUGGGCAGCUCUAUGAUGUGGGAGGUGGUGCCAGGAGCCGUGGUCCCCUGGCCAAGCCCCCAGAGCCUGACGAGUACGACAUCCCACCAGCUUCCCAGGUGUACUCGCUCAAACCCAAGCGGGUGGGAGCUGGUUUCCCCAAAGGCUCCUGCCCAUUCCAGACAGCCACUGAGCUGAUGGAGAAGACCAAGGUGCAAGCCCCCCAGCCCAUGCAGGGAGGCAAGCAGGAGCCCCCCAACCAGCCCUGUGACCUGCAGGAAGAGGAUGGAAGUGAGCCCUUUCCUGGGCCCAGAGGAGAGGCCCCUGGUGGGGGGCCCUCCCCAGAGAAGGUGGUGAAAGGCUCUGCUGGGGGCAGCUCCAUGGCCAAGGCCAGGGCCAGCAAGAAACAGCAGCUCCUCGCCGCAGCAGCCCACAGGGAUUCUCAGGACAUCACUCGCUUCUUCUGCCAAAAGUUGGAAAACUCACUUCUGCUCACUUCAACCCCAAGGGCAGAAGGUGCCUGCCCCUCCUGUGAGGGGGUGCAGAGACCCCCGACGUCCCCAGAGAAGUGCACAGAGGAAGAAGAUGGAGCCCAGGGAUGUUUGACUGACCUUCCCCAGACUGAGCGGUGCCCCAGGGAGGGGCUCAGCGUCUGCCCACUCAGAGACCAGGGGCCCCCUGAAGCCCAUUCUACCCCUGCAGAGGAGACACAGACGGGCAAGCGGCCCAGACCCCAGCAGGAGAUCCCAGAAAGCUGGGCUCAGAAGAGGCCUCGCCCCUCAGCCAAGCCCUCCGUCUUAGCUGAGGUCAACGGCAGCGUCUCAGCCAACGAUCAGGGCACCUUGAACUCCACAGCCCAAGACCCCCGCCAGCUGUCGGCUCCUGGCAUCUCCUUGAAGGAGGCUGCGAACAUUGUGGUCAAGUGCCUGACCCCUUUCUACAAGGAGGGCAAGUUUGCAUCCAAGGAAUUGUUUAAAGGCUUUGCUCGCCACCUCUCACACCUGCUGACUCAGAAGACUUCUGGAAGGAGCGUGAAAGAAGAGGCCCAGAACCUUAUCAAGCAGUUUUUCCAUGGCCGGGCCCGGUGUGAGAGUGGCCCUGGUGGCUGGGUUUUGUGAGCCAGAUCCCCUGGUUAUAAGGUGGCAGGUGGUGUGGCUGCUGCCGGGGGAGGAGGAAGGAGGAGUGGCCCCUCCACCUCUUGUACUUAAGUUUUAAGCCAGGGCAGGGCCCAUCUGUCAGGGUAUUGGGGCCUACUCAGGGGAGCCCCUGCUGGCCUCAGGCUCAGCACUUGUGGGCAGAGGGCAGCAACCAGGCCCUGCGCAGCUCCUGGUCAGGAAGACCAGGCCCGACUGAGAUGUUUACAAGAGGAAUAAAAGUCCUAUUCUGACAUAUGUGCACAAACACA